AUGAAUCAAUCUUUAUUAGAUUCAUCAUCAACGACAUCAAUAAAUACAGUAACUAAAACAUUGAAUAUCAUUAGAAUUACACCUACAUUGCCCACGAUUCUACAGAAGAGAAUAUUGGUAUAUCUCUUCAACACAAUGGAUUGUAGAUGGAAAUACACGAUGGCCUUUGUAUGCCAAAAGUGGUUCUCCAUUGUAUCUAGCAUCUCCAAUACAUUUACAUUGAAUGAACAGCACGACCCAUUCAUAGAAGAUGUCUACAGUGCACUCAGAAAGUGUUCGACACCAUGGUCAAUCAUUAAAAACAUAGAAAUAUUAAACAUAGGUCCACCACUUUCUAAAUCUUCUUCUGCAUAUUUAUUCGAUUUACUUUCAAUUAAUAAUAAUAAUAAUAAUAAUAAUAAUAAUAAUAAUAAUAAUAAUAAUAAUAAUAAUAGUAGUAAUAAUAAUACAAGUCCAAUAUUAACAAGUUGUACUAAUAAUAAUAGUUUUUUUGACACUGGUGUAAUUUGUAUUAGGAUAUCGUUACCAAUCUAUUUAUUAUCGAGUUUGGCCAAGAUUAUAGGUAGUCCUUACUAUAAAUCGCUUACAACCUUCAGUUUAAUGGUGCAACCAUUGAGUUCACAUAAGUUUAUACUUUGUUUCGUCGAGUGUAACCACUCGCUUCGACAUCUCUCAUUGAACUCCAGCUUAAAUCCACAGUUAAUCACACACAUCGCAACCAUGAUACAGUACAACAAAACAAUCGAGACACUCUCCAUCAAGGGAAACAUGAUCAACCAAUGUUCAUCGUUGGUGGAAGCAAUAGCAACCAAUUUCACAUUGAAAAAGUUUGAUAUGAGACAAUGUUUAAUUCACGCAUCCGAGAGAAAGGAUGAUUUUAAAGACAAGUAG